AUGAUUAACAUUGAUGACAUUGAAUCAGAAUAUGACUCGAAUGAUUCAUUUGAAUUGAAGAGUCAAAGUGAAUCCAAUGAAGAUGGGAAUAGUAAGACAAGGAGGCCUAAAUUUUCAGUUUUUAAUGAGCAAACAGACAUGAAAAAAUCAAAGUUUGAAGUUGGUCAGAAAUUCACAUCAGUCAUUAUAUUCAGGUUGGUUGUAAGAAUCCAAGCAAUUAUGGAUGGGAGAGAUGUGUAUUUCAAGAAAAAUGAUACACGGUGGGUGAGAGUGAAAUGCAGAAGUUGUGACUGGCAGCUAUUUGGGUCUAAAAUGCAAGAUGAAAAUACCUUUCAGAUAAAAACACUUAGUGAUGAGCACACUUGUGGAAGAGUGUUCUACAAUAAAAACAUGACAUCUAGGUUGGCUAGCAAACUAUUUGUUGAUGAGGUAAGGAAAACGCCAUCUAUGACAGUGCAUGAGUUGAUGACCAAAGUAACUGAGGAGUUAAAUGUUGAUUUCAACCUUAAGCAAGGAUAUAGAACACUUAGAAAAGUUAGAGACACUAUUCAGGGGUCCCAUGACAAACAGUACACCAUGUUGGAAUCAUUUUGUGGUGAAUGGAGGAGGACAACUAUGGGAUCUACUGUGUUUGUUGAGACUGAUGUAGAUGAAGAUGGUGUUUCUAGGUUUAGAAGGCUGUAUAUGUGCUUAGAACCAAUAAAGAGAGGUUUUUUAGCUGGUUGUAGAAAGUGGAUUGGGUUAGAUGGUUGCUUCCUAAAAGGUCCAUAUGGUGGGCAGCUUUUGUCAGCAGUUGGAAUGGACGGUGAUAACAAAAUGUUUCCCUCGGCAAUGUCAAUUGUUGGGGUAGAGAAUUAUGAUAACUGGAGUUGGUUUUUAGGAUUGCUUGUACAAGAUUUAAAAAUUGAAGACUCUAGUUGCUGGUGCAUUAUGACUGGCAAACAGAAGGGACUACUUCAGGCUGUUAGGGACAAACUUCUACAAGCUGAACAUAGGUGUUGUGUCCAACACCUUUACACUAACUUCAAGCAAAUGCAUAGAGGUCUUGCUCUUAAAGAUAGGCUUUGGAGAUGUGCAAGGGCUUCAUAUAUGACUCAGUUCAAAGCAGAAAUGGAGAUGAUGAAGCAAGAAUCAAAGAAUGCAUAUGCAUGGUUGGAUGAAAAGGACCGCAUACUUGGUCACGGGCUCAUUUCAAGACUGACUGGAUUGGAUUGCGAUAUACUGAGAAUGGAGAAGAAUAGAGAGACAAUGUCCAAAUAUGAAGGUCUCUUAUGUCCAGCAAUUUUUGACAUUCUUGAGAAGGCCAAGAAAGAGCAAUGCAUGUGCAUCUGCUAUUACGCUGGCACAAUGAAGUAUCAGAUAUGUUGUCCUUUUGGUGACCAGUUUGUCGUUGAUUUGGGGAGCAAGACCUGCACUUGUAGAAAAUGGCAACUGAGGGGAAUCCCAUGUGGCCAUGCAGUGGCUGCUAUUUAUAGGAGACGUGACAAGCCAGAAAAAAAUGUGGCACCCAUCUACUGGAAGACUACAUACAUGAAGAGUUAUGAACCUGUAUUGAAUCCAAUCAAUGGACCUAAUCUGUGGGCCCCAAUAGAUUUACCACCAAUGAAGCCUCCAAAAUAUGGGAAAUCACCUGGAAGGCCAAAAAAGGCGAGGAAAAAGGAACCAGAUGAAGAUAGGAACAGGCAGUCACGUGUGAAUCCAUCUAAACCUCACAAAGUUAGCAAGGUUGGCACUAAGAUGAGUUGUAGUCUGUGCAAGAAAUAUGGCCAUAAUAGGAGGAGCUGCCCUGAAAAAAAUCAGGAAACUGCUCCAGUAGAAAGGGAGGAGAUGGGCAUAUGGAUAAGGAAACUAGUGGGACCAGUACACAACAAACAGAUGCUAUCAGAAAUGAAACAAGGCAUACCAGUACUGGUCCAACUACUUCUAAUGAAACCUGGCCAUUCAAAGAAAGGUUGCAAGCUGAGGCAAUGGACCUUUAGAAACUCACUGGACAUGACUGGAGAACUUGGACUCAACAGAGCUGCAACUGAUUCUCUAAUCAACCCAUAUGAGACAGCUUCAAACAAUACUGAAUCUGGACAUUUGAACUCCAAUACUGGUGACAAAUUUAUUCACACAGUCCAGGGAUAA